AUGUCACACAAUAACUAUCAAGAUUUUGUCAAUAUCGAUGAGUUCAAGUAUGCUGCUGAAAAGAAGUUACCUCGUAUGGUUUACGAUUACUAUGCCUCUGGUUCAUUCGAUCAAAUUACAUUAGCAGAGAAUCAAAACUAUUUCUCUAGAAUCAAACUACUACCGAGAUGUCUGAUCGAUGUUUCCAAUGUAGAUAUGAGAACCAAUGUAUUGGGUAUUGAUUUAUCAUUUCCUCUGAUGAUUGCACCGACCGCUAUGCAAAAGAUGGCACACCCAGUAGGAGAGACCGCCACCUGGAGUGCAGCCAACGAGCUAGGUACAUCUAUGACACUAUCGUCACUCUCCACCACCAGUAUCGAAGAGCUCUCUAAACACGCAAACGGAAAUCCAGGUUGGUUCCAACUCUAUGUUUUCAAAGAUCGUGCUAUCACAAAGAAUCUUGUACAGAGAGCCGAACAAAUUGGUUAUAAAGCAAUUGUUCUUACAGUAGACACACCGUACUUGGGUAGAAGAGAAGCUGACUAUAGAAAUGGAUUCCGUUUACCUCAUGGACUUAAAUUACAGAAUUUCUCUGAUCUACCAUUGGCAGAUGUAGAAGGAGGAUUGAAUGCAUAUGUAGCGACAAUGAUCGAUAGUAGUCUGACUUGGAAGGAUUUAGAUUGGUUGAAAUCGAUCACUAAACUACCAAUUAUUGUAAAGGGUGUGAUGUCACCGAGAGAUGCAGAGAUUGCAGUGACACACGGUGUAGAUGCAAUCAUUGUCAGUAAUCAUGGUGCACGUCAACUUGAUACUGCACCUUCUACCAUCGAGGUGCUACCAUACAUUGUCAAGGCUGUCAAUGGACGUUGUCCUGUCAUCUUGGACGGUGGAGUCCGUCGUGGUACCGACAUCCUCAAAGCAUUGGCUUGUGGUGCCAAAGCAGUGAUGAUCGGUAGGCCUGUUCUCUGGGGAUUGGCAGUUGGUGGCAAAGAUGGUGUAAAACGUGUCUUAUCUUUACUGCACGAUGAAUUGAAACUAUCGAUGGCUCUAGCAGGUGUUAAAUCUAUCAGCCAAAUUAACAAAUCUUUAAUUUGGGAUCCAUCAGAAUAUACUAAACUUUAG